AGCCAGCGAGCGUGUGCGCCGUAGGAAUUUGCGCGACCAGCUCUUGAGGCGUUUAAAUCGUAGACGCCGGCAGACCGACUGGGGUGCAGGCAGCCCACCAUCCUGACACCGCCGAGACCAACGCUCCCUCUCCCGGACUGACAGGCCAAUCGCAGGCCACCGCACGCCCUCCCUCCAUCCACAGUGUGCUCUCUCUCUCUUUCACUCACUCACACUCCCUCCUCCUCUUCUUUCUCUCUCUCUUUCUCUCUCACUCUUCAUUCCUUUGCGUUCAAUCCGUGCAUCCCCUCCUCCUCCUCCUCCUCCUUCUCACACCUUUUGGUCAGAAGAGGAAGAGGAAGCCCAGCCCAGGGAGAGACGCUGAGAGGAUGAAACUCUGACACGCCGACAGACCACAGGGAAACAAGAGCACAACUAUAAUUGCUUGAAGGAAGCACCCAGGAAGGUCAGCCAAGAAUCCCGCCGUAGGUGCCAAAGUGAAAUCUACAGGACUACAAUUACUUGGACAGACUGAGGCGGCGGAGCAAAGUGAAUGACAGUAACUGAUUGGUAUAUGGUGGCGUUGACAUUAGACUUCAACAUCAGCAACAAGUGAUUUCUGCCUUUCCCAAGACCUCCAACCUUUGACAGGUUGUAUCUGACGGAGGGACCGGUGUACCGCGCUCCCAUCGCCGCGCUCCUUCAACAACAACACUGGUUCAUCAGCACCUGUGGCAACAGCAGCGAGUUGAGUGACCCAGCUUCAGCCCGACCGGCUUUACCUGUACAUGGAGACCCCCAGCUGGGCAGGAAACACAUUGUGUAAGUCAGGAAGCAUUGCUGUCUUCGGGAACGUGGUAUACAGCGGACUGCUGAACGAUCACCUCUGGCAUUUGGGAGUGCCCCUCUUUACAAGACUGGGUAACCAAGAGGCCACCAACCCCCCAGAAGCGAUGGCCCAACCAUACACCCCAGCCCAGUACCCACCUCCCCCACAGAAUGGCAUCCCCGCAGAGUUUGCGGCACCGCACCCGCUUCCAACACAGGACUACACCGGGCAGAGCCGGGUUCCUGAGCACGCCAUGACCCUCUACACGCCCACACAGACGCACAGCGAGCCGGCCGGCACUGACAACAGCACGCCCACCAUCACCGCCACCACGACCGCACCGGUCAGUGUCCAUCAUCUGCAAACAGUGUUCUCAACACGCUGUCAGCAAACAGAUGAUGUGACGCAAACAGAGGGCUCUCAGCAGCUCCAGCUCCAGCACUCAGACUCUUCAGAGAAGCAGCAGCCCAAAAGGUUACAUGUCUCCAACAUUCCCUUCCGCUUCCGGGACCCUGACCUAAGGCAAAUGUUUGGGCAAUUUGGAAAGAUUUUAGAUGUGGAGAUUAUCUUUAAUGAACGAGGAUCCAAGGGCUUUGGGUUUGUAACUUUUGAAACAAGCACAGAUGCUGAUCGUGCACGGGAGAAACUAAACGGUACAAUCGUAGAGGGACGCAAAAUAGAGGUGAACAAUGCAACAGCACGAGUGAUGACAAACAAAAAAGUGGCCAACCCUUACACGAAUGGCUGGAAGCUGAAUCCAGUGGUAGGAGCUGUCUAUGGUCCUGAACUGUAUGCUGUUACAGGGUUUCCCUACCCUGCCACAGGCGCUACAGUGGCCUAUAGGGGUGCCCACUUGCGAGGUCGGGGGCGGGCUGUGUACAACACGUUCCGCACAGCUCCACCGCCACCACCAAUCCCAGCUUACGGAGCGGUGGUGUACCAAGAUGGCUUCUAUGGUGCAGAGAUCUAUGGUGGCUAUGCAGCAUACAGAUUUGCCCAGCCCACCACCACCGCUGCUUACAGUGACAGCUAUGGCAGAGUCUAUGCAACAGCAGACCCCUACCACCACACGAUUGGCCCUGCCGCCACAUACAGUGUGGGAACUAUGUAAAUACAAAAGGAAGAGCUGUACUCAGUAUUGAUGGACAUCACAGAUGAAAACAACGAAGAGAGGAGAACUAGCUUUAAGAAAAUAACAUAAGAAGAAGAAGACGAGAAGGAGUCCCUCUACUGAGGCUGGCGAGGGAAGACGGGAGGCGUACAAAGUGGCGCCGCGGCAGCGGUGUCAAACCAGCCACAAACUUGACAGACGGAGUGAGCCAGUUUCCACCAGGGACCACCUUUUUGCCGGGUAGAAAAAGACAGAGAGAGAAUGAAAAGUGUCCCGUUAUUAUAAAACAUUUUAUUUUUCUAUACUUUUGUGAUUUACAAUGGUAAAAAGUGUGUAUAAAGCAGUAUAUAUGUACAAAUCUGUUUUUAUGUUUUUUGGUAAGGGAGAUGAACAGUUGGCCCUUGAUGCUGAUUCUGUGGUAUGCAGGAAGGAGGAGGGAGGAGCCCCCCCUCUCUCUCUAUGGCAAACUGCUCUGUCGCCGAGGUUGUGUAAACAAAAACAAAAACAUAAACAGAAAGGUGGUAGGGAGAGCUCGGCAUCCAGGCAGAAGCACUUUCUACGCUGUACUUCCUGUGGGUGGAGUCAAAGGUCAGCCCUCUGGUCUCACUGCUCCGCCUUCUUCCUUCCAACCUCCCGGACCUCCUUCCUUACUUCCUUCCUUCCUUCCUUCUUUUUUGGGCCGGUGAUGUCGCUCCUUCCUCCUUGUUGCGGUGUCACUGACCGGCAGCGCCUACUGUUAGCAGCGUCCUCCGUGGAUACUGUCGUGAUGUCACUUUCUCCUGGCAGCACCAUUGGGCAUCCCCGCCCUCCCCAAUGGGCAGCGUCACUGGUUUACAUCGUUGGGGAGUGGGGGGGGUGAGCCACGGCGGGAUGGUGAGACGGUAUAAAGCAGAGCCUCCCCGGUCUGCCCCUCUCCACGCCCCAGCAGAGGUCACUGACUGAGGACUAGUUAAAGAAAAUGGCGCAGAAGUCGCCGACUUUACUCACCUGCCAGACUCCGAGCCCAAGCCUUUGUGUCACUCUGCACCGACAGACAAACUGUCAGACCAACGCGAUAAUAAGGUGCGUACAACUACCAAGGAUGCACGUUUCCACCUGACGAGAAUAACUCAUCAACGUCCAUGUAACAAAUUGAAUUAUACUCGAAUAAUCCCAUUGUACUACAUCAGCAGGUGCAUAACCAAAACACAAGCCUGAGGCAUAUAGACUAUGUCGCUAGAUAAAACAUUAUAGAAAUACAGUAGUGCCCAUCCAACGGUAACAAGGAACGAGGGCUAAAAUAUGUCAAUUUUUUUGUCAAUGUAUUCUGAGAAUAUUUGUGUGUUUUUUAGUUUUUUUUUUUGGCACUGAAAACUUUUAAAGAGGAAAAAAAAGUUUUAAUUUGGUGGAAGAGAAACUUUAAUUCUUUAUAUCAGGAGAGUCACUGUAAACGUGUUUAAACAAGAAUGUUGGUUCAGUUCUUGAAUGUACAUUAAUGUCUAGGGUGUCCAAUAAGUAUGUAUUCUUUUUCUGUAUAUAAAUAUAUAUACAUAUCUAUUAUACGGGCUGUGGUGAUGUCAGGGAGUAGAGAAGGUGGGCAGGAAAGCCUCUGGCCCCCCGAACAUAGAUAUCAGACCCCCCUCUAACUAAAUAUGUCCCUGAUAUUUACUGUAACAUGUGAUCAUGUGUUAAACGAUUGAAAGUGUGAUGGUGAUAGUGUGAACUGAUCUCCCCCGAAACCUCCCUUUACCACACAAACACACACACACCCUGUGCAAAUACCCUUACAAUUACAACACAUGCAGAAUUACACACAAUACUACAUUUUUGCCCCAUCAAAUGCAAAACAUCACAUCCUACUUUUACCCGACAGACACUUUGGCCCUUCAAUGGAGCUGGGAAGACUUGCUAAUUAGUGCAAGGUGUUGUGGGUGUCAGAUAAAAAGUUUAUGAAUAUUGAUUUUUCUUUUCUUACUUGAACCAAAGUAUGAUUUGAACACAGUCUCAGUGCUCUUUGAUCAGGAGACAGCGAGAUUCUGUGAUGAUGGCAGAACCCGGAUGUGUAUUGACGUGACCCAGAUUUCAUUUGCUCAUAACUGCUGAGGAAAAGCUCGCUGUUCUGCUAAUAUAACGAGCCCUGCUGAUGAAGCCCAGCUCGCAGCUUCCUGCAGCAGCCUCGGUUUAUGAACUGCUGUUCUCAUGCUGACCCUGGUGGGCAGGCGGUUUUAUUGCAUAUUGGAAAUAACCUGCUGGCCCUGAAAAGAAACUUUUUUAUCAGAGGCGAGCAGGUUCGGGUGAAGCACAACUUUGUUUGAGAGUUCAGGGUACACUACUUCGUAGUGGUUUUGUGUGAAUUGUUCCAAGAGGGUAACACUCGGUUAAGCUCCUGGCUUCCUGUACAAAACUACAGUGUGCACUGUCAAUAUGCUGUACAGUAAAUCUCACCUCACACUUCUUGAUUAACUUCAUCUUAUUUCAGGUUAAAAAAAAACGUUCUGAAUCAGGGCUCCUACCCACGCGACCUCUGUUCAUCUGUAGACAGCUUCUCAUAUAUUACAAAGAGUAUCUAUAUCAUGGCAACUAACUGUUGUGAAGUCUAAUUGGGGUAAAGUCGGUCAUUUGUUCUACCAUGCAGCGAUCAUAUGCAGGCUUAGCAUUUUUAUACCUGUAGGUUUGUUUCUGAGAGUCACAUGAUUUAUCUGGCCUACUUACCGCUACAGACUUGUGGUGGGUCAGAAACGACUCUGGAGCAGGUUGGAGUUUUACUUUGACAGGAACUUCCUGGGAGGCAGAGCUGCUCUGGAGGCAAAAAUCAGCUUAAUGCUCAAGUUAACUGACAGAGAUAAAGAACCACAGUUUUUAUUUAUUUAUUUAUUAUUUAUUUUUUGGCUUACUAACAUUAAGGUUUGGUCACAUGAUCUGAUUUUGUCCACUGAAUGAUCUAUGCACUUUGCAACAAAAACAAAUAUGAUGUCACAUGUGAUAGACACAUUUUUAGAAGACAACACUGUUAUGUACUUUUUCUAGUUAGCUAGUAGUUCAUAAAAUCUUAGGCAAUAAGGCUGCUGUUAUUCUAUAUUUUACUUAUUGUCAACAAAUCCCAUGAAAAGACCAAAACCAACAAUGCGUUAGUCUUUCUGACUUCCUGUCUGUGGCUGUGUAAAUCUUUAAAAAUGUGGUAAUUUCCUAAAACAGCGGAACACUGCAGUUUGUAACAAACGUUACUCAAACUGAAGUAAAUAGUUAAUUUGUUGGUGUAGUGAGUAUUUGGGGCAGCAGGAUAGUGUGUGUUCAUGGUGAUGAAGGAACAUGUCACCCAGUGCAACAGUGCGGCUCACUGAUGUGUUUUUAAUAGUUUCUGGACAACAGUGGAGCUCUAUGGCUCAGAGGAAGAAGAUCCAUCAGGCUGUGAUACACACGAUACUUGUUAGUGGAUACUUUCACUGUUGGUUUGAGUCUUUUCAUUGGAUUUGAGCUGCAUCUCUGCUUAUUUUGUCCUUUGUCAGAACAGUGUUUUGCUAAAUUGCAUGAUAGGAAACUUAGGAUUCAACACUUCAUUGUAUUUUAUGUCAACGGUCAGUAUGUAGCAUUUCUAUAGAACAGUCACGUAGACAUGCAUGUCAGAUAUUAGGCUGCUACUGUUUUAGUUUGAGCUAAUUGAAAGGUUAAAAAUUUCAAACUGGACGUCAACGGUUAACUCAAAUUGCAAAUUACUGUUAAUUCUGAUGCACAUACAAUAGCAACAUUUGCAGUACAGUGUAUCCAAAUAAGUCUCAGUAUUAGUAGUAGUAGUAGUAAGGGACAGUGUACAGUGAUGCCAUUUUAAGUGUUGUACUCAAGUUAGCUUGAAGCUCAUUUUCAUCUGCAGUCCUUUAGCAGUCACUGAGUGACAAUGAAUAGUCAAAGAGCCAAAGUCCUACCAGGUUAGCUCCUGUUCUAGUAGCUUUCAUUGCAUUAUUGUAUUUUCUCAUAAAAGGUAAAACAAAGAUAACAAUUAUUUUGUUAGCAUUCAACAAUUAUAGCUGUGGUUGUAUACAAACAAAAUAAUCAGUUAAAAACACACCUGAGAUUUAAGAACAUUUCUGUGGGUUCAUGAUAAUGUGCAACCUGUUUCACAUCACACAUUAUCUUUUGAUCUAUUGUCAAUAUAAAACAUAUGUAUUAGUGGAAUAUUAACUUAUUAGCUAGUCUGGCUGGUCUUCCAAGUUAGUAGCCGUACUAGCAUCAGUGGUCAGGUAUGGAUUAAAAAAAAAAAUAAUUCACAAAUUUUUCCAGCUAGUUUUAACUCGCACUUUCACAAACCUGUGGUGGUUUGUCUCUGCUCGUUGACCCACUGUUUUAACCCAACCGGUGAGUUUAUUUCUGCGUCCAGAGAAGCUCUGCCUUUACAAAAAUGUUUGUCUAUGGAAAACUCCCGCCUGCACCACAGCAGCUGGAUGGAGCGGGGCCGGGGUUAAAGCGACCCUCCCUUCCUUCCUUCAGAUGCCCUCAGUGUAAUGAACUGGUCCUGAUCUUCCUGAGCACAACCGCUUGAGCUGUGACACUAGCAGGACGUCCCCUCUGAGAGUCCCUCGCCUCCCCCCUGACCCCGACAUACCCGCCCCAUACGACACCCUCCUCCCCCCAUCCCAACUGCCCCCUGGCCCCUUUUGUAUUCCUGGUGUUCUGUACAUAAUAACCCUCACCCCCCUUACCCCUCCCCUCCUCCCCCAGCUGUCCUUUCAGGGGAAUAAAAAAGAAAAAAAGAAGACAUACAUCCUCUGACUCCCCGAAAUCUUGUAUUUUGUUCUAAUAAUGACAAAAUUUAUUUAUAAGGAUUUUUUAAAAUCUAUCUCUUUCUCCUUUUUGUAAAUGUUCCAGUUAAAUAAAGUUUAAAAAUGUUAAAAAAUUAAAUGGAUAUAUUGAAAGGUAAAAAAAAUGUCUCUAGAAGUCCCUGCCCCCUCCUCUGGCUCUGUACUCUGAACUUUGUGUUUUUGUUUUUUCUCUUUCUGUAUGCUUCUCUUUAUGUGCUUCAGAUGAAGAGUUCUAUUUAUUACGACAUUAACGUUAUUAUAAUUAUGACUAAUUAAUAUUAUCAUCAUCCUCAUGAUCCUCAUUAUUAUCAUUAAUAAACUUGUCUACUUCA